AUGACAACCACAGCCCUGCGCCGGCAGGUGAAGAACAUUGUGCACAACUAUUCAGAAGCAGAGAUCAAGGUUCGCGAGGCCACCUCGAACGAUCCAUGGGGCCCAUCCUCAUCCCUCAUGUCCGAGAUCGCGGACUUGACCUUCAAUGUGGUGGCGUUCGCUGAGGUCAUGGGCAUGGUCUGGAAACGCCUCAACGACAGCGGCAAGAACUGGAGACAUGUCUACAAGGCCCUGACUCUGUUGGAUUACCUGCUGAAGACAGGAUCAGAGAGAGUCGCUCAGCAGUGUCGUGAGAACGCAUUCACGAUUCAGACACUGCGUGACUUCCAGUACAUGGACCGUGACGGCAGAGACCAGGGGGCUAACGUGAGGGAAAAGGCUCGCCAGCUGGUGUGUCUCCUGCGGGACGAGGAGCGGCUCCGCCAGGAGAGGAGUCAAGCCCUGAAGACCAAGGAGCGAAUGGCUGGGGGGGGCAGCGGAGGAGGCGGUGGGGUGUACGGAGGCAUCCCCCCGUCUUAUCACCCGGGCAGGCGAACGAGCCAGCCCAGCAUGGCUGUGCUGUACGGCGAGGAGUUCAGCCGCUCCAGAGGCUCUCCAUCCUCCUUUAACUCCUCGUCGUCGUCUCCUCGCGCCGCCUCAGACCUGGAGCAGGCCCGGCCUCAGACCAGCGGGGAGGAGGAGCUGCAGCUCCAGCUUGCCUUAGCCAUGAGCAGGGAGGAGAGUCAGAAGGAUGUCACGAUGCCGCCCCUGCAGGAGCAGCGCUGUCGCCAAGGAGACGAGUCUCUGUUACAGAAGGCAUUGGAUGAGAGCCGGAGAGAGAGCCACUCAGGGACUCAGGAGUCAGCCAUGUUGGACCUGGUGGACAUAUUUGGCGCAUCAUCUGAGCACCCGGCCCCCCCCAGUGACCCUUGGAACUCAGCUCAGCCCGCCGCUGAUGUCACCUCAGACCCCUGGGACUCUGUAGGAGUUCACUGCAGCACUCCUGUGAUUGGAAGCCCUUGGAAAGCCCCGCCCUCCUCAUCCAAUGAGUCCAAUCCUUGGGAAACAUGUGCAGACCCAAGCACGGACCCCUGGGAAGAAGCGCCGACCUCCUCCAGCCCUGUAAAUCAUGCAUGGGACAACCCAACAGACGGAGAUGUCGAUGGGACCGAUCCGUUUGCUGCGCAAGAAGAGGAGAAGCCUAAACAGGAGGUUCCUCAAGUGACCUCAUCUCAACCUGCUAGUCCCACAGAUGAAGAGCUGUUUGGGAUAAAACCAGACUCUGACCCGUUUUCUGCAGCUGAUUCUAAACGGGACGCAUUUGGGGCUGCUCCUCUGGUCAACGGACGAGAGUCUGACAGCCCAGAGAUGUUCGACCUGGCCCGGCUCGCACCUCCACUCAGCGCACCGCCCACACGUGUGUGUCGGACCCCAGAGACCUUUCUGGGACCUACGGGGGCCUCGCUGGUCAACUUAGAUGCUCUGAUUCCCACCAACCCUCUUAGCAAAAUGCACAACAACCCCUUUCUCUUAGGUCUGAGUGCUCCGUCUCCCACUAACCCCUUCCACUGCGACCAGCCUCGCCUCACCCUAAACCAAAUGAGACCAUCCUCCACCUCCCCGCUGCCCCCUCACAUGCUCUCCUACAGCCCGUCGCUGCCUCUCCCUCUCCACCACCGGCAGCCCGUCCUCCCCUCCUCUCUCACGCAGCCUCCUGCUGGACUCCUGGACCUCCCCUCCAACCUCCCCCAGCCCCUGCUCCCUCUGUCUCCGCGACCGGCAGCCCGCAGUCAGUCCCCGACGCAGACACACAGCCACAACCCCUUCCUCUGAGACCGCUGCAUCCUUCUAGCGACGCUCUGGACUCUUUUUUUAGAUCGGUCUGUGCUAACUACAAUGACUGCAAUUCAAAUGAGCCUGAACUGGAUCGUGGUCUGAUGUCAUCGUGCAAACUUGAAGCAGAUAGAAACACGAACUGGAUGUACUUGUGUCUGUCCCGAGACACGUCAGCUGCUAUCUAACCUGAACUCUUGAAGAAAAGCUAACUCACACGCACACACAGUCAAACUUAGACUCAGGCGCACAUCAGGGUGCACACACACCAACUUUAUGCACAGACACAUACACACACCUAAGACUUAACAGGGUGCGUCUCAAAAGUCCCUGAUAUGUCUUUUUCCCCUUCAGCAAUUCCGAGCACCCUUCUCUCCACACAACACAGAGACUCGGGUGAAGCCACACACACUGAUUGUCCACGGAGAUUCCCCAGGAUCCUCACCGCUGCUGCUUCACCGACGAAAGCAUGAAUGCAUCCCACCGCCCCCACCUACCCCCCCGAGAGUCCAAACUGCUCUAUCCUGCUGAGCCCCUGAGAUGAGUUCUUCAAAUAAAUCUUCGUUUUUUCCCCCCAGAUGAGUCAAUUAUUAUCUUGCGAUUUCUUGGCACAAUUGAGUAUCAGUUUUUGUUUCUGUAAGAAUAUAGAAAAAAAAUGCAGCACUGUUCAAGGACUAAUUGACUCAGGUGGUCCUUCCGGCACCAUGAUACCUAUUUUGCAUUUUGCCUUGUUACCCUGCGAACUCAACAGCAUCUAUUGCAUCUAUUCUACAUCCCUAUAGUAGGUCAAUUAUUUGUCAUUUUAAAGGCGGAUGGAUCCAAAAGGAUUCAGGUGGAUGUAAAACAGGACUAAACCAGCCUAAGCUACACCUCACUUUCUCAAUCUGGACCGAACCUGAUCACUGAUUGUACCCUCUUGGGCCCACGUGCCUGCCUCUGCAGCUGACCCACAACGCAUUCCCGGCUGGUUCACAUUGGCGCCGUGGAGGAGGACCUCAGGGAGACGGCUCUGUCCCUCCUCCAAAGAGAUUCAACCUCACUGAAUCGAAAGGCAUUUAUACACACACAAAAAACACACAUGGAGAUGGAUGGUUAGUUAAGAUAUGAGCCUAUAAAGGAGGAGGGAGGGGUAAAUGGAAGAUGCAUAUAACAAAAUGUCAAGUGAUUACAGAUGAUAAAAUGAUGUGUUGAGUAGCGGCUCCUGGUUCACUUCUGUUUUAGGAACAAGUGAAUCUGUCGUCACUGCACUGAACCUGGACCUGAAUGUGAAACGCCUGCCUAAACACACACAGGCUUAGUACAUAUGUAUUUAAUAGAAUGAAACCUAUAAAGUAUUAUGAAAUAUUAUACCAAUAAAUGAAUGGUGUUUGCAUUGAAAUGUCCUCUCUUCAUGCAGUCCAUGUAUCAUUCAUUCAUUUCAUCACUGCUGGUUGGUUGAAAUAGAAGAUUUAGUCUGCAGGAUAAUAAUACAAAAAUAAAUACAGGGUCAAAUUGGUCCCUUAUAAAUUUGUGUCCCUCCUUCAGACAUGGAGAAAUAUGACUGUUGAAAACUUUCCUGCACAGUCUUAAGUUUAUGUAAAGAACAUAUUUCUACAGCUACAACAAACUUUGCACAUGUGCACAAAAAGUUUUUCAGCCAUGCUCAGGAUAUUUCUACACCUGUAGAAUGUUCUACCACUUUCACAACCUUGAAUCUUAUCUAGUGUUUCCUUGUAAACAGUUCACUGUUUAGCUCUCUGAAGGAUGACAAGGUGCUGAUAGACACAACAAACAGCCAGUGUCUCUGGAUCACUGUGCAUUGCUCAUGCUGCUGUAAUGUUUCUACACUGAGUAUGGGGGGGAAUAACAACGACUUUCGAGUUGUGGCUAAAUGAGGAUCAGGUCAUGAUGAAGGCCGUACACCAGAGACUGGCCUCCCCUCAGACAAACACUGGAAAAUAUAUUUUCACCUGAGUGUAUUCAUGUGCUUCAACUGUGGAUGCCUGAGGGAUCAUGAUUAUGGUAUUUGAUCCACAAGAUAGCUUUAUUUUUCUUCUUUGACGUAACUGCAGGCCACAACAAAUACAUCCCAAAGUCUGUUGUAAAGAAUUUAUUUAUUUAACAUUUUUAACAGAGCCCCGUGUCCCAUGCUACUGUGACAUCCAACGAUAAUUAUGCCACAAAAAAGAUAUUCUUUCAAAACAGAGUCAAUUUAACCCACACAUCCACAACCCUCAGUUUAUUACAAUACACUGAAUAUUAAGAUCCUUUCAAAGUAAGGGCCUCUCGCUUGUUAACAGAUGAAUUGGAUUUAGUAUUAUAUUCUCUUUGAAAAAUGCAGCAAGUCAAUGAAACAUUUCACCAAUCAAUCAGCCAAUCUCCCUGGAAACAAGAUGUAAACUCCAACAGUCAUGACAUUUGUGUCGUGCGUUUUUGUAAAACAUUGGUCAGUUUUUUGCUGUGUGUUAAAAAUAGAGCAUCAAAACAAGUAUUUACAUUUAUUUCUGGGGAUUUAGUUUUGGAGGGUAAGACAGUGACCUCAGGAAUUCCUUUGUUGUUUCCCCUGACUGUAGUCUUGUUUUCUUUUUGCUUCACCUUGACUGUUUUGUUUGUACCUGCCAUUGAACUGCAGGCUUGGAAUCUUUUUCAAAUCUGUCAAUUCUCGACUUCUGAGUAACAGUGUUAUUGUUGGAAUAGAACAAAUCCUGCUAUUAAAUUAAAUAACAUGUAAUUUCACUUCAUAAAAUGCAAUCUGUGCUCAAUGGAACAUGUUUGUUCAAUUAUUUAUUCAGCAUUUGCUGGCUCAUGCUGCAUCAUAUGUUUGUGUAACCUGUCACUAGUCUUCAUAACCUCACCUCAGUUUUUACAUUUUAUCAGUGUUGUGCAUGAACGGACGCAAAAGA